AUUUCAGUUAUGACUCGGGUAACAUUUGGAUGCAAGAUUUGUGGUGAUUAUAAGAAGAUCGCAAUGGGACGUUGGACGUCUCAUCAGCCCCAUAUAGUGGUUAUGUUAUCAGCUUUAGCACAUUUUCAUGGCUUAGAUGUGAAGGAUAUGAAAGAAAUAUACAGUUCGUUUCGAAUUCGACGACUAGUCUGCAGGGAGCACUAUGUGGAUGCGGCAUCCUCCAUUGCUGCUGCAAUAGAAGCGCAUACUGGCUCGUUUCACCAGUGUGGUAUAAAUGUAGAUGAUGGAAUAACAGAGGCAUCGUUAUUGAAAUUAUUGCCUCCAGUCAUCCUAAAUGAUUUGAGAACAUUCGCUAAGGAAAUGGAUGCGAAUUUGACAUUGACAAUGCGAAAUGUGGCGCAUUUCGUGAACGAUGUACUCGCGCGGCAUGGUCUUCGUGGAGUGAACGCCGUUACAUCAGCCAGAACAAAUUAUAUCAGUGUACCUGUUAAAAAAGAAGUGCCGAGGAAACGAAAGAAGAUUGAUGAUAUAGCAAACCAUGUGAAGAAGAUGAAAGAAGAAGUUAGUAGUCCUGCCGAAGAGACCAAAGUCAUGGUUGAUGGCACAGAAGGGGGGUCAUGCUUGACACCCACAAUCGAUGUAACAACAUGUGAUUCUCCACAAGGGGAAGAAGACGGUGUAGAGAACUCUUCAAGUAAUUCAGCUAAUGGCGUGGAACCGUUUCACGUGGAACCGAGAAUUCUGGACAAAUUCUAUCUGGUGCAGGGAAGAAUGCUUUUGAAAUUGUUUCGAUUUUGUCCCAACUGUGGUAAUAAUCUGUCAACAAGCGAGCAGAGUACAGUCAGCUUCACUGCAAUUGGAACUGCACCAAUUGUGCAAUUCAUAUGUAGCAAUUGUUCUUCGUAUGCAUCUAUGACACAACGAUGGGAUGGUCACCCUGUUAGAGACCGUUCGUGAUUCUUUCAGAAAUAUUUAGUCAUCUCUAAACUUAGCGCUGCUGCUGCUAUAUCUGUCAUCUCGCAAAAAUGCCAUGGUGGAACAUUAUAAAGAGAGCAUCAAAUGUCAGUUAGCUAAUUUGAUUGUUGUACAAAAAAAAUGUGCGCUAUUGCAUGGAAUGUUUCAUUUUAUCUAUUUUUGAAAUCUAUAAACACUGGUUCUUGUUUUAAUCCACUAUUUAGUUUGUCGUUGUGAAGCUGUGAGAUUUCUUGCUCACGUAUUUCAAUUCUUCUUUCUGAUUGUUUGAGAUGAAUAUAGAUUGCUGUAAGCGUUC